GACGUUAAGUAACCAUCAGUAACCAAUGGCUGCGGCUCUUCUCUUGUGAUCGCGCGCAGCGUCAGACCUGCUGCACGCCGCGUUCGAGGGCACUGAUGGCACAGCGCUUCAGGCAACGCCACAAACCUGCUUUCGCUCCACAGUACAUGCAAGACAGUGGUCAUUCUCUCUGACUCAGUGUCUGUUAUUUAGAGAUGAUAUCAAAUUGACGCCAGCCAUCAUCCCUGGAUUUCCCUGGCCUUAUGUUGACAUGGCAACAGGAAGGAAAAGCUCCACUUCAAAAGGCGGAGUACGUUUCCCUGAUGAUGAUGAAGAUGCUCCCAUUAACAAUAGCUGUGAUGAAAAGCUUCAGGAUAAAGUCAUCACUGCUCUACCAGAGCCUGAUGGCGCAUAUCUUGUUAAGGUGGGAUUUUUAAGGAGCCAUCACAAAUAUGAAAUCAUCUUUUCUUUGCCACAAGUCCCAACACUAGGGAAAGAUGUCUCCCUUUCCCCCGCACUACGCACUACUGCAAAACCACGACUACGUGCAACACACAUCACACCAAGGCCUGAUGGGGGAGCGAGGGUGGUUUGUGAGUACAGCGCUCAGCAGGAGGGAGUGGUGCAAGAGGAACUCACCCUGGUCAACAGGAACAGAAGAGACAGCAGCGUCCGAGUUCGAUUACAGGCCAGAGUCAUGGAUCGCCACCACGGGACACCAAUGUUACUUGAUGGAGUGCGUUGUGUUGGUGAAGAAAAACACACAAAAUAAUGACACAAAAGAUCUGACUAAAUCUGUUUGCUUGGGUAUAUGAUGAGAAUAGACCAAAAUGAAUGAAUGCACAUGUGAAUGUGAACAACCCGUCUCACACCCAUCCAUUGGAGGAUCACAACUGAAUUGCAUUCGCUAUUCUAGUGUCUAUGUAUCACAGGUCUGCUAAUCCAUCACAAAUUCAACUUUGGUUUUUAACAGAAUUUUAUUACAGGAGAAUUAAAUCAAAAAAGCAAUUUAAAGAGAAAAAGCAAUACAAUUGCAUCUGGCCAAGGAUAACAUGUGUCACAAGUUCAGCUGAGUUCAGCUAUGUGCUGUUUGAUAGCCUAAUGAUGAGUUACUAUACAUUCACUAUAUUGAGCUUCUCAUUAGCCACAAAAUGAAACAAAAAACUGUUUGGCUUAGCUGGUUACUUUAUUAAAUUUAAAACGUAUAUCAAGAACAAGCAAGCAACCAACUUUAUUUAUUUAUUUAUUUUGCAAGUAUUACCUGAAUGCCUGAAGGUGGAAUGUAUGUAUAAUCAGGUGCAUGAUAUACACUUUAUAUACAUAAUUAUAUAUAAUUAUAUGUCAUCCUAUUGCUUAAAUGCUUUCCAACCAUAAUCAAUCAAUCAGUCAUCAAUCUUUCCAACUGCUGUGAUACAUUUCUCAAAUAUGAUGUGAUUUGUUAAUACAAAAAAGUAGGUUAUAUAAAACACUUGUUGAUUGCUUUGUGUACAAAUAAUUAUGAGAUAUGUACUGCAAUGCAUUGACCUACUCAAACAUAACUUGGCAACUGAUAUUACUAGCAGGGUUUCCAUCACCCUGCUUUUAUGCGCAUUUUGAAGUAUCGCAUCAGAAUUGAGUGAUGGAAACACUGAAUUUCAAAUAAAAAUGCCUUAAUUCGCAAAAAAGUUUUUAUGCUCGCCUGAGGUGGAUUUUGACCUGUGCGAAAAAUGUUUAAUGUGAAUAAUGGGAGAUGGAAAUGCAUUUUGCGAAUAAAUUCCUCCAAGCACAUUAAAAAAGUCGUGUUACUUUGUGCUAUGGGAUGGUAAAUACUGACUAACCAGCUGACCGAUCUCAUUCCACAGCAUCUAAAAUGUUGUCAUCCAAGUAUUUUUGUAUUAUUGCCUCCCAGGAACUGUUAAACGACUGCGUUCCCAAACAGCAGCAUCCACCUCCGAAAGCAAUAACCGCAUUCAUUGUGUUUUGUCUGCUCGUUCUGAGGUGCAAGUAAUUUAUUAUAUAUGAAAAUUAUUAUAUUCAGUAGCUUCUCCUACUUUUCUUAGUGAUGUAUAGUGCCCGUUUAUCAGGAAGUGAUGAUUUUGUUCUCUUUGACUCAUUGGAUGGAAAUGGUACUUGUUCGCAAAGGUUUUGUGCGAUAUUCCAAUUUUGCGCUUAAGUUAAAUUCACAACUUUGGAUAGAAACCUGGCUACUGUCAUACUCUGAGGAAACUUAAAGGCACAAUUUGUAAGUUUUCUCUGCUAAAGAAACAAAGGCGUAGUUUGAUGAUGCCUUGACUGAGUGUGGAAUCAUGGGAGUUGUUGUCUUCAUCCCCACAGCCAAUGGAAUCCGAUGGGACUCGAGCAAAAAUCAUGUUCAUGGAUAAGCUAAUGAUUUAUUAACGUAGUAGUAUAAAGCAGGGUGAGGUUGAAAGCCAUCAAAGCGAAAUGAGGCCAUUGAACGAGCGUGACACACGGUUCGAAUGCAGCAGAGCUUUUAUUAUGCCACAGUGGACCGCUUCCGCUCCUUCCAGUCGUGCGUAUGUGUAAAGCGGCGCUAUUUUAUCAUACUAGAUAUAUUUGAAAGUUCUGUUAUAAUGUUACUCUAUGUGAUCAUCACCUGUCUAAUAAAACACAAAACAUAUUAAAGCGUC